ACGGACCCGCGCUGGCUGGGCUGGCGAUAGAGUGCCGGGCCCGUGGUUCCGCCCUGGCAGAAGAUGGCGGCGGGCAGCGGGGGUUCCGGGCGGCGGAGGCGCGGGGCGCUGCGCCUGUUGAUGCGGGUGGGCUCGGUGCUGCUCACGCGCUUCCCGUUCUGGCACUGCCUCAGCAGCCUCCUCCUCAACGCCGAGCGCGCAGAGGCCCGGCGAAAACCAGAUAUCCAGGUCCCAUUUCUCUACUUUGACAUGGGUGCCGCAGUGCUCUGUGCCAGUUUCAUGUCCUUUGGAGUAAAGCGCCGGUGGUUUGCCCUGGGGGCUGCCCUACAGCUUGUGGUCAGCACAUAUGCAGCGUAUAUUGGAGGCUACACUCACUAUGGAGAUUGGCUAAAGGUUAGGAUGUAUUCACGGACGAUAGCCAUAAUUGGUGGUCUCCUCAUCUUGGCAAGUGGCGCUGGAGAGAUCUACCGCCAGAAACCCCGGAACAGAUCACUGCAGUCCACUGGGCAGGUUUUCAUUGGCAUCUACCUCAUUUGUGUGGCCUACUCCCUUCAGCACAGCAAGGAAGACCGCCAUGCCUAUCUCAGUGGCAUACCUGGUGGGGAAAUUGCCCUGCAACUUCUCUUUGUGCUCUAUGGGGUCCUUGCCCUCUCUUUCCUCUCCGGAUACUAUAUCACCCCAGCUGCCCAGAUCCUGUCAGUCAUUCUCCCUCUGGUCAUUCUCUUCAUCGAUGGCAACUUGGGUUACUGGCACGAUUCCCGACGAGUUGAAUUCUGGAACCAAAUGAAGCUGAUUGGACAGAACGUUGGGAUCUUUGGGGCCUCUAUAAUUUUGGCCACAGAUGGCUGAGAAAAUAACUUGUGAGGCUUGAAGUGUAGCACCUGAUUUAGGGGCUCUGAAGAAGAGUACUGCAGGGAAGGACCUUGGAUAUAUUUUUUAAUAUGGCUUAUUUAUUUUUUUCUUUUUACCACUUCUUGUCCUCAAUUCCCAUUGGCAGCUAAAUGAACUAGUGGGUUUCUUCAAAAUCCAGGGUCAUUCUAAUAUGCUCUCUGUUUUCUGUUUAAUCAUCACAGACAGUUCCGCUAGCUUUCUGCUGCUGUGGCCACUGUAAAGAACAGGUAGUUUAGCGGACUAGAUCACAUUGAUUAAGGUUUGAGGUUUUGGCCUCCUGCAGGUGGGGAAAAGGUGAAUUUUUCAUACCUGUCCAUACUGAAGGUAAAAGAAGCUUGGAUAAAGACAACUACUACUGUUAUAAUCUGUUGUGCUGCUGUGGUCAGAUCACCACUAUCAAAUAGAUAGGCAAAGACACAGAGGUCUGGCCAGAAGGGUGAGAUGUAUGGAAAUUAUGAAGCCAUGAGGGAAAAAAAUCAAGAGUUUCUUUUGGAAAAUUAUGGGAAAAGGCAAUACAGUAAUCCGUCCAUAUUUGUGGGGAUUCGGGUUGGAGAGUUCUAAGCAGAAAAACUGCAAGUAUAAAUAAAAAUCACAGUUGCUAUUUUAUUACUCGAGGGAGGACUUGUCUAGCGUCUCUUGGUCCUGCAGCAUGAUUCUGUGGUCAGUUUCCAACAAGGAGGUGACCUAACAUUGCCUGGAGAGAACUUUUUUUAGCUGCACGUAGGACAGCAACAGACAUAAUAGCAAAUACAGCAAUCACAAAUAAUGAAAUCUACAAAUGCUUAACCUGCAAAUGUGGAGGACAGCUAUAUUUACAUUCCCUUUGCAGAUUGAAAGAACAUUUGUUACCCAAGGAGCAUAAAAUAUUUAUACAUAACUUUGGAAUAAAUUUGUCAUGCUUCAUAUAAUAAAAAAAUGGAAGUUUAAAAAAAA